CAUUACGUCUCUCGCUAAUGCUGCCAAGUUACGUAAAAAUCAAAAGAAUUAAACAUUUUCGAAUUAUCAAAUUACAAAAUUGUUUUGAGCAAGCUUUGUUAUCUAAAUGUUCCAAGAAUAAUCCGAAUUUUGGAAAAUGUGCCAUCGAUUUGACACGAGAACUUGUACCCAAAUUGAAGGAUGGCUACAAAGAGCUGAAUUUUUCAUCUUUCAACCCUUUUCACGUGCAGGAAUUGGCAUCGAGGCAACCGAUUCCUUAACAUUAAAACUAACUAACAUAGAUAUUAUUGGAUUGGUUACAGCAAACUUCAAAACUAUUAAAUAAGUCUUAGAUUGUCGGUAGCUGAGGAAAUAGUGCUUGACACAAGCUAAGUGCAGAGAGUGGAGGUUUAAAAGAAGAAGUCUUAGAUUAUUUCAAUGAAUUUAACACAUUUAUUUUGUUUUCUUCAAAAGCUGUGACUUUAGUGCUAUGGUAUGCAUUACGAAUAUUUAUUUCUCCGAAUUGGAACUUAAAGGAACUUAUGAUAUUGAUGGUCAAAUAUUGAUCUUACCGAUUAAAGGUCAUGGAGCAACUAAUAUCAAACUUGUUGGAGGUGAUUUCGAUUUGACGUUAAAAUGGUCUGUACAUGCAAAGAAUGGUAUGAACAAAUUCUUAAAUGAAAAUUCGCAAGAGUUGUCGGAGAACGUUGAGCCUGCAGUUUCAAAUACUAUUGCAGUCAUCUUAAAGAGUACUUUUGCGAAAUUUUCAGAACAAAUUCCAUAUAAUGAAUUAUUUGGUUAAUCUAAUAAUAUUAUUAGAUAUUUGGCCUCAGGCGCAACACUUCCUUGAUGCAAACCCGGACAAG